GGUGUCCAGCUGAGCGUAACGCUGACCCCCACCAGUCCGCGAGAUGGCUGUUUGAUGCGGUUAUUUAUUUUUCAAGACGCUUUAAAAGGAACUGCCACCGUUUCGGGGUGGCGGGCGCCAUGACGGGCCGUAAAUUCUCUAAAGAGAAGAAGCGACAUCGCUCCCGUUUAAGCGGCCCAGAGGAAGGAGGUGGCAGCGAAAGAAAACGGCGGAGUACCGAGGCAACCCGCGGCCUCGCGGAGGAAACCAAGUGUAUUGCUCAGGUUCCAGAAAAGAAAGAUGUGGUAGAAGAGCCCAGCGACAUAGAAGAAGGUGGACUAGAUCUGACUGUGCAAUUAAAGCCUGUCAGUUUCUAUAUUACGGACAAGAAGGAAAUGCUUCAGCAAUGCUUUUAUAUCAUAGGGGAGAAGAAAUUGCAGAAGAUGUUGCCUGAUGUUUUAAAGAACUGUUCUAUAGAAGAAAUUAAAAGGCUUUGUCUUGAACAAUUGGACCUUAUGUCUGAAAAGAAGUUACUGAAAAUUCUUGAAGGUGAGAGUGGGGUGGAUUCUGACAGUGAUGAUGAGACCAAUGGUGCUGAAGAAAAGACAAUAGUCGAAUCAGCCAGUCAGCAAGACAAUAGCAUAGAUUCUACGUCUUCUUUGAAGGAAGAAAACAAAUUGGAAGGGCUGGAUUCAAAACAAGGCAAAGGAGAAGAUAGUGAUAUUCUCAGCAUCAAUGCAGAUGCAUAUGACAGCGACAUCGAAGGACCAUGCAACGAAGAAGAUAAUCCAGAUGUGCCAGAACGGACGGUUGGAAGCGGAGAUGGUCAGAUAGAUGACCUUCAGAAAGACAUUGAGAAAAGCGUCAACGAAAUCCUGGGACUUGCUGAAUCCUCCCCAAAGGAUUCCAAGGCAGCAGCUUUAGCAGUUCCUCCAACAGAUGAUGUUCAGCCAUCAGCACAGCAGCUGGAACUCCUGGAGCUUGAGAUGCGAGCGAGGGCUAUUAAGGCCCUUAUGAAAGCUGGAGAUGUAAAAAAAUAGCCGCAAGGCUGUUUCAUUUGUUAGAUAGUUGGAUUUGCUCUGAUGAGUGUAGGGUCAGCUUCUUUCCACUCUACGGUCUAUUUGGACUAGUUUUGACAUUCCUCAUUCAAGCCCUUUGGGUAUUCUAGCUCAUAGCUGAAAUAGUUGGCAGCGGUUUAUCAGGACCGUCAGUCUGCUUGUGUGACUUAUGUAAAUGGAUUGGUUUGAUGCUGGGUUUUUUUUUUCCCCAGCUGUCCUUUUUUUCCAGUCCAGGUUAGAUUAUUUCCCAAAGUGAAUUGGAAACCAGAGUCAGAGGCAGUAUGGAUGCAGCUAAGCCCUGUUGCUUUACAGAUCAUAAUAAUCCCAGGGUUAGCUCUAGCUUUUGAGAAGUUGAAGCUUUGGUUGCUUUUAGGUAGUAGCUAUAACUGCAGGGAAGUAAAACGUAGAAGCACCACACUUUUAAGAGAGUACAGACCACAAGAAUAUCUUGCAUCAUCAUCAUUUAUGAUGCUUUGUGAUUGCUUUGGUACCAGCAACCAAUGUUCAUAAUUCUAUGGUUUGAAAUUAAAUUUAAUUCAUGUCCCUCUUAAUGGUGACUUUGGAAAUCUGUGUGUUAUCUUAAAUUCUAUACAGGCGGUCCUUGCAUAAUGACCACUUGCUCGGUGACUGUUCGAAAUUACAAUGGUGCUGAAUGAGGGGGACUUAUGACCAGUCCAUGAAAUUACAGUCAUUGCAGCAUCCCUGUGGUCAUGUGAUCAUGAUGUGGGUGCUCAAGAACCUGGGCGAGCUGCAGUCACACAUGAUCGCCAUUAGCAACCUUUCCUGCCAGCUUCCCACAAGCAAAGUCAACGGGGAAGCCGGCAGGGAAGGUCACAAAUAAUUUUGCAAGUUGCUCUUGCUGCUUUUUCUCCUGAGGAACCCCACUAGGGAGUAUGAGAUAUCAGGGAUUUUGUACUCCAUAGCAUUCCCCCAACCACCCUCUCCAGUGCCUGCUCCUAGCUCCUGCUAGGCAGCCCAUUUACUUUCUGGUGCCCACCUGCAGUACCCUCCAUGCUCCUUACCUGGGACUCCUGCCUCUUCCCACUGAAUGACCUGCAUAGUCAUUAAAGGUUACAUAGGGUUACAAGGGCAACUGGGAUUACUAGGAUUGUCAUCCUAAAUGAUGUCACAUGAUGUCACACAUUUAGUGAUGGCAAUACCAGUCCCAAUUCCUGUCAUAACCCUAUAAAGCAGCUUUUGGUGGCUGAGAAUAGAUAACUGUGUAAAUUGUAGAAUAUAAAUUGAUAGUUAAAUAUAAACCUUUCAGCAUGGCUUAGAUUGCAUAAUCAAUAUGAUGAAAGUAAAAUUUGAAACUCAAAGGAUGCUACAGAGGCACCUGACUGUUAGAACAAGUGAUACAGAAGUACUUAAUUUCUUGACCUGUAAGGUUCUUUUCUGUUCUUUAUCAGUAAUGUUUUGGAACUUCUCUUUGGCAAAGCGAAAUUAUAUUUACACUUAGUUUAGAGGGAGUUGUGUUUCUUUCUUAAAUAUUUGGCUAUUGUGAACUAUAGAGAAGAGUAAGGCUAGAUGUGAAAUAUUAAAAAAAAAGAAGUGAUUUUGUUUGAACAUGCAAAUGCUUUGUAAUUCUUUGUUCAGGGUAUGAAGCACAACAGUUUGAAAACACAGGUGGAAAAUCAACAUGUACAAAUGACUGGCAAUAAAUUGAUUUCUUAAGUGCA